AUGUCCACUACCACACUUUGGGAGGAUGCCGUAUCAUCGACUGAUGUCGGUAGAUCCGGCUUGGAGACUACGACUAGGAAAAAUGACGAAGAGAGAAGCUCCUACACAGAGAGAGCUGACAAGAAGAGACAGCGCAGUGGCGGCGGCACCCGAGAGGACGGAUCGAGCACUUCCGUCCGAGAACAAGAACCAGCAAACAAGAAGCGGGUCAUCGCCAAGCCACAGGUCCAACAGAAGAACGGACGUCCGCUGGCCAAGGAACACAUCCCGCUCCAGAGAAAGCUGAUCAAGACUACGGACAAGAUGGUGAGGUAUCAAAUGCACCGAGAAACACUUCUCAAAUACCUCGAGGAAGAUCUUGUACCGAUGGGGCUGAAGAUCGAGAAGACAGCCGUCAUUGGCACCACCAGCCCUGAGUUCCAACGCCGAUGGAACGAAACACUGCAUGAGACCUCGAAGACUCUGAUGACCCUCAUCAUUGAGUUCUACGGCUCUGCAGAAGCCGACCUGGACAACAACAUCGCCAGCCUCAACAGGGAAGUUGAAAAACUCCCGCAAGAUGCACAAGACAUCCUGGAAAAGAACGUGGAAACGUUCAAGGACAACAAACGAGCUGCACUCACCAAGAAGAGAGACAAGAAACUACAGCGAGACAAGGAACUCGUCAACACUCGAGCUCAGGAUGCACCCAAGAAAAUGGGCCCAAAAAACGGAGACAACCCCCCACGAAGAGGGGGGGCCCCAGACAAGACCCGCCAGCAGCAGAGGCAAGCCACGGAGAAGGACGCAAAGACCACCAAGCAAGCGUCCAAGAACUACCAACAGCCGCAGGGUCGGCGUCAGGUCCGUGGGAAACCUCCUCAGCCCAAGGCUCGGCGAGAAAACCCCAUCACAAGGCUCGCCGCCGCCAUAGAAGACUACAACCGACAAGAACUCAUACAAGACAUCCAUGCAUUCUUCAGACGCCUCCGCCUGAGAGAAUUCUUCGCCGACCACGACAGAUCAGAGCCCACAAGAUUCAAAGAAAAAAGCAACUGGAACCCGCCCACACACAGAGACCCAGCCUUAGAGACGUUCACCAUGGCAGUGGAAAAAGAAAUUCUGGAACACCAAAAAACCAUGUCAGAACCACACAAGAAGAACAUCUCAGAGCUAGAGCGCAAAGCUCUAGUGGAACUGAAAAAGAUGACAAACGUCAUCAUCAAACCUGCAGAUAAAGGUUCGGCCGUAGUGAUCAUGAACCGCGAGGACUACAUACAAGAGGCCCUCAGACAGCUAAACAACAAGGAUCACUACAAGAAAGUGGACCACUGCCUCUCAGAAGAACAUGCAACCAAGGUGAGAAGAACUCUACUACACCUGAGAGAAGAGGGGAUCUUAGAUGACACUACAUACAACUACCUGGCACCUCCUCAGCACCCCAGAACGCCCAACUUCUACCUCCUUCCAAAAAUCCACAAGGAAGGCAACCCUGGAAGACCGAUACUCUCGGCCAACGACUGUGCCACGGAAAGAAUUUCGGCGUUCGCAGACUUCCACCUCCGCCCCCUCGUAACAAGGCUACCUUCCUACAUCAGAGACACCACAGAUUUCCUGCGCAGACUCAACAAACUCGGGAAGGUACCACCUAAUGCCACCCUCGUCACCCUGGACGUCUCCUCCCUGUACACCAACAUACCCACAGAUGAAGGGAUACAAGCGUGUAGGGAGGCACUACAGAAGAACCCAGCUGACGUCCCCACGGAAGCCAUAUGCCAACUACUGGACAACAUACUAAACCUCAACAACUUCGACUUCAACGAGGAACAUUACAUCCAGAUCCAAGGCACGGCUAUGGGUACAAGAGUGGCCCCAUCCUACGCCAAUAUAUUCAUGGGGAACUUCGAAGAACGACAUGUUUACAAAAGAACCCCAAGACCAUGGAUAUGGUGGAGGUACAUCGAUGACAUCUUCGCAGUCUGGACAAGAUCAGAGGAAGAAUUAAAGGCCUUCAUCCAGGACCUUAACGAAGCCCACAGGACAAUUAAGUUCACAGUGGAAACAUCCAAAACCUCGAUCAACUUCCUAGACGUCACCGUCAUCAUUUCGGAGGGGGAAAUUACAACAGACCUCUACACAAAACCGACAGAUAAGCACCAGUACCUACUCAGAAACUCUUCCCAUCCCAAACACUGCAAGCAGGGGAUUCCCUACGGUCAGUUCCUACGUCUAAGACGCAUCUGCUCAAGCACACCCAGAUUCAAGGAAAAGGCUGCAGAAUUCCGGCAACACUUCCAGCAAAGGGGCUAUGAAGAAGCCCUACUGGACGACGCCAUCACGCGUGCACAAGAACGCCCCCGCGAAGACACACUGAAGGAAAAGGGGCCGACACCACCACAAGAACGUACAGUCCUGGUCACCACAUACAGUCCACACCUUCCGCCACUACAAACCAUCAUCAGAAAAUACUGGCACCUUCUGCAACUCUCCACAAGAACCAAGGACAUAUUCAAAGAUUCACCACUGUUUGCCUAUCGCCGCAACAAAAACAUAAAGGAUCUCCUAGUAAGAGCCCAGAUCCCGAAGGAGGACAAGAACUUCCUGAAAAAAUUCACUCCUUCGGGGUCCUUCCCGUGCGGAAGAAACAAGUGCUCCACUUGUACCCACAUCAAGAAGAUCAACUACUUCACAAGCCACCGCACGGGAGAGCGUCAUCUCAUCAGGAACCACAUCAAUUGCCAAAGCAGAAACAUCGUCUAUCUCAUCCAAUGCAAGAUAUGCGGGCUACAAUAUGUGGGCGAGACCAAACAAACGUUGGCCAAUAGACUGAACGGCCAUCGAUCAUCCAUCAACACGAAGAAGGACACUCCCGUAUCAGCCCACUUCAACCUCACAGAUCACAACAUUGCAGACCUUGAAGUUCUUGGAAUCGAAAAACUACGCUACACAGGACAUGAAGACACCACAAGACAACGCCGCCUGCAACGGGAGUCCUACUGGAUUCAUCAACUCAGAACACUACAUCCAGAGGGCCUGAACCAGGAGUCCUUAGAGAUCACCAGGGUUUGAAGAGCAGCAUCUCGUCGUGACCGUCACCCAAUGAACACUCAAUCGCCACAUUAGCCGGUCACUAGCAUCCUACCAUCCACAUGGAACGGAUCCGAGACGCGACAGACUCCACCUGAGGACAACUCUACAAAGGACGACUGGGGCCAACUCCUCUCCACACGGCAAGCUAAGACUACAGCAUUUUACUAUUGUAUCUUUUGUAAUAGUCACAGCCAUGUAUGCAUAGACAAGUCUUAUUUUUACCUCUGUACAAGUGCUCAUAGUUAGCCGUACCGCACUCCAUGUCUGUAUCUCCCGCCUAACGGAUGAUGUCAUAGAACAAAGGGCAUAGGGCACUAAAUGUAACCUGAUUGGCCAGUAGAACAAUCGUCUAUGAGACGAACUACCUUAUUGGUCAGGAGAACAAUGGACUACGCUCAGAGCGCCCUGACCUGACUAGACAUAGGCUCUGAUUGGCCAAAUCUAGUUAGUGCAAAACGAUAUGCUGUAAGCUGAUUGGCCACUGAACCCAAUACUCUGAUUGGCCAUACAGCCAGUGCAAGAUGACAUCCCAUAAGCUGAUUGGCCGGGAGAACAAUGGACCACGCUCUGAUUGGCCAGAUCUAUCCAGUGCAUAACGAUAUCCUGUAAGCUGAUUGGCCAUUGAACCCUAUACUCUGAUUGGCCACAUAGCUAGUGCAAUAUGAUAUCCUGUAAUCUGAUUGGCUACUUCCUGCCCUAACUGCUCAGGGCACCCUGCCCUAACUAGAGUAGAGGCUAUAAAAGCCAGUGCGGUACCACUCUCUUGUCAUUCUGAUGAAGACUUUUGAAUAAAAGGUCGAAACCGGUAAA